AUGCACUUUAGCAAGGCUUUCAUGAUUGAUGGGCGCAUCUACACAGGUCACAUCCAGGCAGAUUCAAAUAGGGAGAAAAACGAGCUCAAAUUGUCCUCUGCGUUUGCCUCCUUGGCUGUCCUUGAAAAUGAAGAUCAUGCAGUGGCUUUCAAGAAAGCCUCUCGAACUGAUCCCUUUGAACCUGUUCACGUCGUCAUCACUUCCACAACGCAUGAACCUCCGCACGUCACUGUCACUUCCGCACCUCAACGAAUGAAUGGUGUCUUCACCGAGGAACCCCGUUCCGAUGAUCUGGAAGCUACCGAACAGAUGCUCCGGACACCAGAUAUUCCCAGUCAGUUCAAGGAAUUCAAGAAGGAAAGGAGGAAGCGCGGUGGUUUCGAUGACACCGAGAUCUGGAGUCAAUAUAUUGACAAUGUCCUACCUUCGCAAGGGUUUCUCUCCACUUCGCUGGACAACCAUAUUUGGAUGCUUCAGAAGAUCCUCAACAUGCGGACUCGCCAAGGAGAAGUGAAGUCCUUGAAACAGCUCAAUAUGUACAUGGUCAUUGCAUGCUUCCGGACUGUUUGGCGGUUCCUGAACUCUCAUCCUGGGCAAUACGAAUUCAAACGUUUGCAAUAUAAUCAUAAGUCCGCCAAAACGACCCCCGUUUAUAACAAACACACAUUCAAGGAAUUCCAUCAGUUGCUACUCUCCAUCCUGGAAAUCUACAGAAAGGAGCUUGAGCGAAUGAACACUACGACCGGAGAUGAUGGGCCUUCCAGAGAAAUGUUUAGAAAAGCAGCCACCAGGGUCUCUUGGGCCGGAUAUUUGCUUCACAGCCUCCUAAACACAGGCGCUGCCCUUCGAAUGCACUUGCAAACUCUCAGGGGGUCGCUUUCUGGCUUAGCAGCGUCCAGUCUUCCCAAGAGUCGGGAGAACGAACCAGAUAUAGAUCCCAUUCGGGUCGACAUUGUCCCCAGUGACGACGACUCAAUCGUACACGAGGCUGGUGUUCCUUUCAAUGAGGGCAAUAACUCUUUUGACGAAGAGCCACUCAAGUCUCCCCAAGACGCUGAUGGUCGUGAUAACGCGCCUGACGAAGAGGAUCCCAGUAACAAUGGUCAUGCUGUUGCUAGUGCAGACUCCAAUGAUCCGAACGACAAUACGCUUGACGAUGUUUCUGGGGAUAAGUAUGAGGAUGAGUUUGAGGAGAUCAAAUCUGAAGCUGGAUACCAUGCAACUCUGAAAUGGAUGAAGUUGCUGGUGUCUCAGUUCCAUUCCACCCACCUGCUCAUUCGGGGUCUCCCAGUCGAGUAUAUCUCCCUUCAAAUACUGAAAAGUCCAUCAGUUGGUGUCGACAUGAUGCCCUGGAAGGAACUCCUCACAGACAGUAAUUUCUUUCCCACGUGGUCACCACUUGGUCCAGGUUCUCGCCUUUGGAGCAACCAAGAAAUUUUGCAAUUUCUGGAAAAUGGCAUAAAUGCAAAUCAUGGUAGGACAGCUGGUCAUGCUCAGGAUGCUCUUAACACAUGGGAUGAGAUAUUGAAGACUUAUCGGUCCAGCUCCGAGCAUCAACCCAGUUUCGAUCGUGUGGUUCAAGGCGUGACCUGGAUCCAGGAUAAGACUAGUGUUCCGGGCUGUAAAGCGUGCGCAAAGGAUAUCCUUCAAGUCCUCAAAAAGAACCUCGUGGACAUUCUGGCUAAUCCUCAUCAAACCUCUGAAGUCACCCGUGGCCUGCGCUACAUCGCUGAUGUCUGUAUGAUCUUUGCCAAACUUUCUGUGACUAAAUUCUCAGGUUCGCUUCAUUGCGAGGCCGCUCUUGCAACGCUCAUUAGCACUCCUUUCGAUGGGACUCACCCGCAGUACUCUUCACUUCUGAGUAAAAUGCAGCAUUACGGGCGAGUUAUUGGGACAUCGAAGCACUGCUGUCCUGUAUGUGCAACACUCCUGUCGACUAUUACACCACAAGCAACAAACCAGCCAUUCCUCAUCAGAGGCUCUCAUAGAACCAUCACGUCAUGUACUCUUCCUGAUUGGACUCCGCCACACAUAGUCAAGGAGUUGAUCAAACAUUUUGGGGAACCGCUGAGAGAAGAAAUCGGCCGAUUAAUGGAACGUACGCACUGGGCACCCCUCAACUACAGCCCUUCAACAGAUUCCUUUGUACCGUUGGAUUGGACCUAGUGUGUUUACCCAGUGCGACUCUUGAAGCUAUCUUUGUUAUCUUGUUGUCCUGCGCAGGCGAAAGGGAUUUGGAUUUCUUUUUUUUCAAUUGUAAAUAAUAUAGGCCUCGCCCUCGCAAGCAAAUUGGUGGGCUUGCCCUUUCCAAUUGUCAGCCAAACAAUUAUCGAUGCCAAUAUGAAGGUUUCAUAGCCAUAUAUCCUUUGCUAUACUAUAUAAAAGUGUCAUCCA